AUGCCCGUCGAGACUUCGCCAAUCGCUACUCGGAUGACUGCUCUCCGGAACCCAAAGGGAACUGCCAUUGCAUCGAGAAGGGAGAUGGAGAAAAUCAUCUACGACUUCUACUCUGAUCUGUUCGACAGCCAUGUCCACUUGCCUCCUCACCAUCAAAGGGAAGACGGACAUGUCAUUCCAGAGGUUCUCCCGUCCGAAAUACGACAUGCUAUCAUAUCGGUGAAAAAUCGUACGGCACCCGGUCCCGACAGAAUAAGACCAGAACACCUGAAAAACCUUUCGCCAGUACUCAUCAACACCCUGGCGAGGCUCUUUCACGUUACCUGUCGGAAUGCAAAGUUCCUAAACAGUGGAAGGCCAACAAGACCGUGUUGUUUUGUGAAAAGGGAGAUCCACAUGACAUCUUCAAUUAUCGCCCAAUCUGCUUACUGUCCGACAUCUACAAGCUCUUUACAAGAGUGCACGAUUGACCACAUUCACACUGUUUCGAAACUCAUCGAGGUAUCACGAGAGUACAAGGUACCGCUCUGUCCCACCUUUAUCGACUUGAAGAAGGCCUUCGACUCAGUUGAGACGGAAGCGAUCGUGGAAGCUUUGGGCAACCAAGGCGUCCCUACUCAGUACAUAAAGGUACUUCGAGAGUUGUACAGUAACUUCACGACCGGAAUUUCGCCAUUCUACAAGAACAUCAUCAUUGACGUGAAGAAAGGUGUCCGACAGGGUGAUACAAUUUCACCCAAAAUAUUCGCAGUCACCCUCGAGAACGCGAUGCGAAAGUUGGAAUGGGACGACAUGGGAAUGAAGGUUGAUGGUCGCCAAGCGGAACGAAUGCUGACCGAAUUCGAUGAAACAUGUGGAUGCAUCGGUCUUGAGCUGAAUAUACAAAAGACGAUGUUCAUGCGGAACGGAUGGGUCUCGGAUGCCCCAUUUACGCUCAACGGAACGAACAUAUCCGAAUGCACCAGCUACGUUUAUCUGAGUCGGGAACUGAACAUGAUGAACGACCUGACCACCGAGCUGGGCAGGAGGAGACGAGCGGCUUGGGGAGCGUAUAAAAGCAUCGAGGAUGUCGUGAAAAAGACCAGAAACACCCUGCUCCGUGCUCACCUCUUCAACACCAUCGUACUUCCUGCUUUGACCUAG